UUCCAUCGCAUACUUCUUGUUAAGCUCACAGUUCCAUGGAUCGGGGUCACAACAAGCCGGUUUCAAUUCCGGUUCAUUCUUUUGGAUCAGAGAGAAACAUAACCUAUUCAGCCACGAAGAUUCAGACGGUUGCAAGAGGGUUUCUUGUGAGGAAAAGUUUUAAGAAGAUGUUGAAGAUGAUGGUGGAGGUGGAGGAGAUUAAUAAGAAGGUGAAUGAUGAAGAAACGGUGAUGAUGAUGAAGAAGGAGCAAAAGGAAAGGAUAAGGAUGGGUGAAACCAUCAUGAAUUUGCUUCUUAGGUUGGAUUCUGUUAGAGUGUUCAAUUGUUGUGCUCUUAGGGACUUGAGAAAGUUGCUCAUUAAAAGGGCCAUUUUUCUUCAAGAAUAUGUGGAUCAAAUUCAAAUGGAGAACGAGAAGAAUGAGUAUGGUGAUGAAGGUAGAUACGUUAGGGCAGCGACGAAGAUUCAGAUGGUUGCGAGAGGGUGUCUUGUGAGGAAAAGCAUGAAGAAGAUGUUGAAGAUAAAGGUGGAGCUCGAGGAGAUUGAGACGGUGAUGAUGAUGAUGAAGAAGAAGGAGCAAAAGGAGAGACUAACAAUCGGUGAAACCAUCAUGGAUUUGCUUCUUAGGUUAGAUUCUGUUACAGUGUUUCAUUGUUCCUCUCUUAGGGAGUUGAGAAAAUCACUUAUCAAUAGGGCUAUUUUUCUUGAUGAAUCUGUUGAUCAAAUUCGAAUGGUGGGUCCCACACAUGAGGUUAAGUGUGAAGAUGAGGAAGAGGAUGAGGAAAGGUUGAGAAGGAUGAUGGAUGAGAAUAGGGAAAUGAUAAGAAGGAUGAUGGAUGAGAAAGAGAAACAAACUUCAGUUCUUACAUCUCUCACACAAAGAGUGGAGCAGCUUGAGAGAGCAUUCCCCAGUGAUAAGAAUAGGAGAUAUGUUGUUGAUGCAAAAUAA